AUUAAUGCCAACCACACCCAAACCCAAGGAACACCCCCUCCCCCCACCAACUGUUAACGUGCGCUGCCCCUAUACCUUCCCCACUAUUAUUAUUGUACUAAGCAACCAAAUCACUGAAUGCAUAGAGAGAGAAAGAGUGAUAAAGUGAAAAAUAAAGAGUGAGAGUGAGAGAAUUCAUGGAAGUUGGUCUGAAGAAGGAGAAGAUGGUGUUUGAGGAAACUGACCUCAGGCUGGGCCUGGGACUGGGACUGCCUGGAAAUGGAGCCACAGCAACUGAAGCAGAAGGAGUAAGAAAGAGAGGGUUCUCUGAAACUGAAACUGAGACUGAAACAACCACUGUGGAUUUGAUGCUUAACCUCUCCCCCAAGGAAGGUGCUGCUGCUACUACUGCUGCUGCAGGAGCAGAUCCACGUGAUCAUAAGCCAAAGCCUUCACCUAAGGAGAAGACCCUUCUCAUUUCUGAUCCCACCAAGCCUCCUGCCAAGGCGCAAGUGGUGGGUUGGCCACCCGUGCGGUCUUCCCGGAAGAACAUGUUUGCAGCCCAGAAGAGCAACGGAGAAGAGAGUGAGAAGAACAGCCCUAAUGCAAGCUUUGUCAAAGUUAGCAUGGACGGAGCACCUUACCUCCGCAAAGUGGACUUGAAGAUGUACAAGAGUUACCCAGAGCUCUCUGAUGCCUUAGGCAAAAUGUUUAGCUCCUUCACCAUUGGAAAUUGUGAAUCCCAAGGCUUUAAGGAUUUCAUGAAUGAGAGCAAGUUGAUGGAUCUUUUGAACAGCUCCGACUAUGUCCCAACCUAUGAAGACAAGGAUGGCGACUGGAUGCUUGUCGGUGAUGUCCCAUGGGAGAUGUUUGUUGAAUCAUGCAAGCGUUUACGUAUCAUGAAAGGAAAGGAAGCUAUUGGACUGGCACCAAGAGCCGUGGAAAAAUGCAAGAACCGGAGCUAGACUAGUUGUACCGUUCCAUAACCCGCCCCAUCCAUAGUGAUGCCCAGUUGACUUAGUAACUGAAACAAGGUUAAGCUGCAGCAGACGCAGAUGGAAAGAGCAGGGUGUUAAAAUCUAGUGAACCUGUAUCAUUAUGGUUUGUUAUAUAUAUAAUAUUUCAAACAUAGCUGUGAGAUAUAUCUAAAUAUAAAUUAUGAACAGAAACGAUAAUGACUCUAAAUUAUGUUGCUAAGACAUUUUAUUUCUUUACUUGUUGUGUGCUUGCAUGAUAAUAAGUUUAAUAAUGUGUUUGUCAAUUGUAGCU